CUCUAUUUCCUAUAACUUUUUCAUAAUAUAUAUACAUAUAUUUUUGAUCCUUUUCUCUUUCUUCUGUAGGUUAUCUAAUUUCCUUCACUCACAUAUACUGUUUGCUGUGUUUCAGGGCGAAGUGCUAUAAAAUGGUGCCAACAAUGCUAACCAGAAGAGCGGCUGCAUUGCAAGAGCAAUUAAAACUUAAAAAUGCCCUCAGUGAACUAAAGUCACUGAAACAACUAAAUACUGAUUUAAUGAGGGAACAAGAUGACAGUGAAGUGGAACUGAGAUCAAUUAUUGCCAAGAACUCCCAGCUAAAGGGUGAACUAGCUGACCUACAUAGCGCUCACACUCUGGUCUUAGAGGAGCGCAACCAACUCCAGGAGGCAGUGCAUUCUUUUAACCAAUGCAUAUCUACUUAUGAUGAAGCUUUAGGAAGAAUUACUAUGUUGGAGGGUGAAUUAUGUAGCGCACAUAAAACUAUUGAUGACCUUCAGUCACAAUUACAAAAUGUUGAAAUGCAAUCAACAAAUAACUUGUAUGAUGAACUACUUACUUCAUCCUCAACAAUGCCAGUGUGCAUCGAUCUGACUUGUGAUAGCCCUUGUGUUAAAAAAACCAAGCCUCAAAUAGAUCUCCCCUUUUUAAAUAGCCACAAUAAAAUAAAAAAAUACAUUAGAAUUAGUAAAAUAAUAAAAAAAACUCAAAAAUUAGUAAAAAACCAGAAGAAAAGCAGUGAAAACCUGAUACUAAGAAAAGAACGUUCAGUUUUGUUAAAUAAGUUAAAUACCUUUUCUCUUUCUUUUCAAAGUAGCAGGGAAAAAUAUGAGAGUGAAAUCCAAACCUUAAAUGAUGUUAUUCAACAGCUGGAAGACUCACUUAAAACUAUGACUAUUAAAUAUGAGCUGUCAAAAAAGCAGAUUGAUGAACAAAUUCUGGCAGCUGAUGAGUUGUUAGCUCUAGGUACCUACAAUAUGGCUCGUUUUGAGUCAUUGGCAAAUAAAUGUCAA